CCAUUAUAAAUCCUCACACAAGAAUACGAACAAAGAAGACACGAAGGAUCACAGAGUAAGGAUCAGAGAAGUCGGCAAAGACAGAGAUGCCCGGAAUCAGAGGACCAUCCGAUUACUCGCAGGAACCCCCUCGUCACCCUUGCCUCAAAAUUAACUCCAAGGAGCCCUUCAAUGCCGAGCCGCCUCGUUCUGCUUUGGUUUCAUCUUAUGUGACUCCUGUAGAUCUCUUUUACAAGCGAAACCAUGGACCUAUUCCUAUUGUGGAAGACAUCGAGAGAUAUUCUGUUACUCUCUCUGGUCUAAUUGGACAUCCCAAAGAGGUCUUCAUGAGAGAUAUAUGGAAACUUCCCAAAUAUACUGUCACUGCCACUUUACAGUGUGCUGGUAAUAGGAGGACUGCAAUGAGCAAUACCCGAAAAGUUAGAGGAGUUGGCUGGGAUAUUUCUGCUUUAGGAAAUGCUAUUUGGGGUGGAGCAAGGUUGGCAGAUGUACUAGAACUGAUUGGAAUACCUAAGCUGACAAGUAUGACACCAUCAGGAGGAAAGCAUGUUGAGUUUGUGAGCAUUGAUAAGUGUAAGGAGGAAAAGGGAGGUCCUUAUAAAGCAUCAAUUCCACUAAGUCAAGCUACAAAUCCUGUAGCUGAUGUCUUACUUGCUUAUGAGAUGAAUGGAGAGACAUUGAAUAGGGACCAUGGCUAUCCAUUGCGUGUGAUUGUCCCAGGAGUAAUAGGUGCCCGAUCAGUUAAGUGGCUUGAUUCAAUCAAUAUCAUUGCUGAAGAAUGCCAGGGAUUUUUUAUGCAAAAGGACUAUAAGAUGUUUCCACCUUCUGUUGAUUGGGAUAAUAUCAAUUGGUCUACUAGGAGACCACAAAUGGAUUUCCCAGUGCAGAGUGCAAUAUGCUCUUUGGAGGAUGUUAGUGUCGUAAAGCAGGGAAAGAUAACUAUUAAGGGGUAUGCAGUUUCAGGAGGUGGCCGAGGCAUUGAAAGGGUAGAUAUAUCUAUUGAUGGUGGUAAAACAUGGAUUGAAGCCUCCAAAUACCAAAAAACUGGCAUUCCAUAUAUUUCUGAUGAUGAAUCAAGUACUGACAAAUGGGCAUGGGUUCUUUUUGAGGCUGAGGUUAAUGUUUCACACAGUGCUGAGAUAGUUGCCAAAGCGGUGGAUUCAUCUGCAAAUGUCCAACCUGAAAAUGUUGGAGAUAUUUGGAACUUGAGGGGAAUACUGAACACUUCAUGGCAUAGGGUUCAAGUGCGUGUGGGCCAAUCAAAUCUGUAGGCCUAAUAGAAAUAUAGUGUGAGUAUUGUUUCACAAUCUAAGCAGUAUACUGUUUUGGGUUUAAUUUCCUUUUUGAGUUUUAAGGCCCAUCUGCUAAGGCUUCAAACUGAUUACUUUGAGAAGCUAUAUUGCUUUUUUGGAGCAAUGAUGAACAUUUUAUUUGCAUUUGACUACAAUGCUAUUCACAUUUUGUUUGCACAAUAAUGGAUCUACUCAAAUCAUGCC